AUGGGCUACCCCGACACCUUCGAGGGCUUCUGCGUCGACGGCCCCAAGACGUGGAGCACGUUCCACCGCGCGGAGCUCACGCCCAAGCCCUUCGGCGAGCGCGACAUCGACGUGCAGAUCGAGGCGUGCGGCGUGUGCGGCUCCGACGUGCACACCAUCACGGGCGGCUGGGGCGCGUACGAGGGCCCCCUCUGCGUCGGCCACGAGGUCGUCGGCAAGGCGGUGCGCGUCGGCAGGGGCGUCCAGAACGGCGUCAAGGAGGGCGACCGCGUCGGCGUCGGCGCGCAGGUCCACGCCUGUCUGCGCUGCAAGCUGUGCACCGCCCAGCCGCGCACCGAGGAGUGCUACUGCCCGCAUGAGAUGGUGGACACGUACAACGCGCAGUACCCGGAUGGGUCGUGGGCGCAUGGCGGCUUUGCGAGCCAUAUCCGCGCGCACGACUUCUUCACAUUCAAGAUCCCCGACGGGCUGGAGACGGCUGCCGUCGCGCCCCUGCUGUGCGCCGGCAUCACCACGUACUCGCCGCUCGCACGCGCGGGCGUCAGCCCAGGCAAGCGCGUCGGCGUCGUCGGCAUCGGCGGGCUCGGCCACCUCGGCCUGCAGUGGGCCAACGCCCUCGGCGCAGAGACAUACGCGCUCACGCACUCACCGAGAAAGGCCGACGACGCGCGCAAGCUACGCGCCAAGGACGUCAUCGUCACGGACGGCAAGGACGGCAGUUGGGCCGACGCCUGGAAGUACAGCUUCGACUUCAUCCUCAACUGCGCCGACGCGACGGACAAGUUCGACCUGCCGACGUACUUCUCCCUGCUCAAGCCCGGCUGCGACUUCCACAUGGUCGGCAUCCCGGACAAGCCUCUCAAGGAGCUCAGCGCGGGGGCCUUUGCGGCCAACGGCGCGAAGCUGACGGGCAGCCACCUGGGCAAUAACCAGGAGAUGAAGGACAUGCUGCAGCUGGCGGCUGAUAAGGGCGUGCGCGCGUGGGUCGAGACGAUUGACAUUUCUGAGGAUGGCUGCAAGCAGGCUGUUGAGCGUCUGAAGGAGAACAAGGUGCACUACCGCUUCACCUUGACGGGCUUUGACAAGGCGUUCAAGGCCUAG